AUGAUAAUUUCUAGCGGUAUCGACAAUUUCUUGCAGAGACUCGCCGAAGUGAAAGCACUGAGCACGCAGUUCCGCGCAGUAUCUGUUGUGAGGACCCGGCUGACUCUGAGGGACGUUUCACUGUACGUGCAGAAGGACACGCAAGACCUGCCGCUGCCCGAGACGGCCGAGUGCUUGGCUGCCAAUGCUCUGCUGCGCAUCUGCGGACUGCGGUUCGACCUCUGCGAGAAGCAAAACACCGAGUACAUGUCUCCCUCUGGCCGGGCGCCCUUCGUCAAAUGUGGAUCAGACAUUGUUUCUGAAAUGGAGCCGAUAGCGCGCUACCUGUGCGGGCGCGGCGUGGCGGCCUGCUCGCGCCUCGACAGCGCGGACGGCCCGCGGCUGCGCGCGCUGUGCUCGCUGCUGCAGUCCUCUCUGUCGGCCGCGGAGCUGCGGGUCUGCUGGCUGCACGACGCCACGCGGCGCUCCCUUACCGACCCGCGGGUCUCCAGCGGCUACCCGUGGCCCCUCUGCCGGUUCGUCGCCUUCCAGAAGAGGCGGCGCGCGAUACACUGGCUCCGGGCGGUUGACGGCGCCAAAGGAGGCGCCACGUUUUCGCUGGAACAGCUAUACGAUCAGGUGGACCGCGUGUGCAGCGCGCUGUCCUCGCAGCUGGGAGACGCGGAGUUCUUCUUCGGGGACAGCGCCACGCAGCUGGAGGCCCUGCUGUACGGCCACCUCUACCUGCUGCUCACCGUGCCCGUGCCGCUGGGAGAGCCGCCCCUGGCCAAGCAUCUUGCGGACCCCUCUGGCUUAUCUCGCGGACUGCUGGGCGUCCGCGGACCACAUGUUGGGAACCACUGGGCUAAAGAAUGCGAUGGUUAA